CAAAGCUAAAUAUGCACUCCUCCCUCAUCUCUCUCUCAUUCUCUCUCUCUCUCCUCAAUCGAAACCCGAUGCUCUCCUCCUCUCUCACCACCGCACCCUCGCCCCCCAGAUCGAUUCCCCUUUCGAAACCCUCGUCGAAACCGAAACCCUACUAUGCGUCCCCUCUCCCUCUCCGCCGCACCGUCCCCUACGCCGCGAGGUCGCUCCCCAGACCCUCGCCCCCGAUCCGCGCCUCCGCCGCCGCCGCCGAAUCCGAGAGGUUCUCGGAGAACAACUCCAUCUCCGACUUCAUGAGGUUCCGGCGCGGCGGCGGCGGCGGCGGCGGCGGAGGCAGCGCCGAGGCCGAGGCCGGAGAGCUGCAAACCGCCGUCGUUAGUUACCGGAAGAAGCUCCCGUGGUUGCUCCUCAACCCUCUCCUUCAGGUGGAUCUGGUGUCGACAAUUCACAUUGCGGAUAAGCAGUACUUUGAAACACUUCAGAAGGGACUUGAAUAUUAUGAUAUCAUUCUCUAUGAAAUGGUCGCUAGUAGAGAAAUUUUAGAGAAUAGGAGAAACUCAACAUCUACGAAGAGGCUUAAAGCUUCACGGUCUAAAGGCUUUAAUAUUCUUGGUUUUAUACAAAGGCAAAUGGCACGUAUUCUUUCGUUGGAUUUUCAGUUAGAUUGCCUAGAUUACGACAGUGAAAACUGGCUUCACGCUGACCUUGACUAUGAGACAUUCAAGCUGCUUCAGCUUGAGAAAGGGGAAAGCUUCUUUACAUUUGCAAGGGACAUGACCAUGAAGUCUACAAAAGCUUUGGUGCAGCCGGUUUCUAUACCAGACGGUCUCGGCUUUUGGAGAUCUAAGUUACUAUGGGCUUCGCGUGUGCUUCCCAUGCCGCUUGUUGGGCUUCUCAUUAUCAGUGGUGUUUGUUCUCCAAUAGAAAGCCCAACCAGAGAAUAUCCCGAGUUAGAGGCACUUUCCCGGUUAGAUUUAGGAGCGGCUAUGAAGAUUUUCUUGGCUAGGCGAUUAACUUCUGAGUUUACAGAGAUAACCUCUACCAUAGAAGAAAAAUCAGUGAUCAUCGGUGAACGAAAUAGGGUCGCCACCGAGGAGCUAAAAAGAGCAAUCGAUAACGGGUACAAGAGAAUAGCAGUUCUAUACGGAGGCGGGCAUAUGCCGGAUCUAGGGCGGCGAUUAAGGGAAGAGUUUGAUAUGAUCCCCACUCAAGUCGAGUGGAUAACCGCGUGGUCUAUAAGAAACCGCGAGCUCGAGAUCAACUCAUUGCCAUUUUUGAAGACAUUGGCUAAGCUCUCUGGUUGGCCUUUGAACAGGUACCAGACUUUGGCUUUGCUCAUCUUUUCGUCGGUCCUCGCAGUCGACUUAUGGUUUUGGGAGCUUUUUGUGGGUACUGCAGUGAACUGGGCUUCUUGGGGUGCUUCUGAAAUUAGCCAAUUCACGGAUAACAUAUUUAUUAUGUGAUUAUAGGAAAUAGUAAGGUGAAACACACAAAAAAAAAAUGCAAAAAAAGGAAAAAAGAAAAAUCUUAUACAGCAUUUGAAACUUGGCUUCUUGUAAAGGGAAAAAGGUUAAUUCCUUUUCUUUUGUCUGUAAUUUUUACAGCAGCCCUGGGGAUGCUUAAAUACUUUUGUAAAUACCAUUUAAAUGACUCAUUUAGAAUCUUAAGUUAACUUGGAUUUGCCCA